AUGAAGUCAGUCCAGUUUUGCUUCCUUUUCUGUUGCUGGAGAGUAAUCUGCUGCAAGAGCUGUGAGCUGACAAACAUCACCAUCACAGUGGAGAAAGAGGAAUGUCGCUUCUGCAUAAGCAUCAAUGCCACUUGGUGUGCAGGCUACUGCUACACCCGGGAUCUAGUGUACAAGGACCCAGCCAGGCCCAACAACCAGAAAACAUGUACCUUCAAAGAGCUGGUGUACGAGACAGUGAAAGUGCCCGGCUGUGCUCACCAGGCAGAUUCCCUGUAUACAUAUCCAGUAGCCACUGAAUGUCACUGUGGCAAGUGUGAUAGUGACAGUACUGACUGCACCGUACAAGGCCUGGGGCCCAGCUACUGCUCCUUCAGUGAAAUGAAAGAAUAA